AUCUAACCAUCAUCUUCAACCUCUGCGCGGCUCUCUGGAUUGACGAUGGCAGAGAUGGAAGAGAACGACGAGUUCUACCUGAGGUACUACGUCGGCCACAAGGGCAAGUUCGGGCACGAGUUUCUGGAGUUCGAGUUCCAGUCCGACGGCAAGCUCCGCUACGCCAACAACUCCAACUACAAGAAUGACCGCAUGAUUCGCAAGGAGGUCUACCUCACCCCCUCCGUCCUCAAUGAAUGCCGCCGUAUCGUCGCCGACAGUGAGAUUAUGCAAGAAGAUGACAGCAACUGGCCUGAACCAGAUCGCGUGGGGAGACAGGAGCUUGAGAUUGUGAUGAACAAUCAGCACAUAUCUUUCACUACCUCUAAGAUUGGCUCCCUCGUGGACGUGCAGGCCAGCAAAGAUCCAGAGGGCCUUCGCAUCUUUUAUUAUCUCGUUCAGGAUCUGAAGUGCUUCGUCUUCUCUCUAAUCUCCCUCCACUUCAAAAUCAAACCCAUAUGAUUUGACACCGUUCAUCUCCUCAAUGCUGGCCUUUUGUUGAGUUUUUAGCCAGAGUUGGAAGAAAUGCAGAAAGGGACGUCUGUAAUCGUGCAGUUUGAGUGGAAUUGUCAAGAAAGCUAAUGUCUUGUAGACCUUAUUAUAGUACCUUUAGCAGUUGGUUUUGAUUUUCUUGGCUUCCUUCCAAGCUUGUGUGCCCAAACUCCAAACUUAUGCUUAGCGAAUCCAUUGAUUGCUCAUCGAAUGCUAUGAUUCUUAAUUUGUGGAUUUUAUAAAAUUUGUGAAGUGCUUCUUUCCAUUUUGAAUCAUUUUGAAUGAAAUCUUUGCGUAUUU